AUGGCAAAACCGUACUGGAUAAUUCGUCACCACGGAUCAACUGCCAUCCGAUCGCUCUCAUCGCAUCCCUCCCUCAACAUGCUCGCUGCCGGAGACGAUUGCGGACUUGUCUCGCUGUCCGACCUGACCAACUUUCGACCGAGGUUCAAAUGGAAAGCUCACACCGAUUCUAUCCUUACCGUCGUCAUUCUUUCGAGAACUUGCCUGCUGACUCAUUCGAGGGAUAAUACUCUGAAGCUCUGGAAACUGCCGAGUUCGAGUUGCAGUUCCUCUUGGUUCGGAAGUGGGGUCCGCGGGGUUGAGGAGAGGCAGCCGGAAUGUGUGAGAAUGAUAGCUGUUAAUGGAUUGAAUUUUUCCAAAUGCUCUUAUAGAAAGGGUUUCGUAGCUCUUCCAAACACUCUGGAUGCAGCUUACAUAGAUGUUAUAGACAUCAACACUGGUAUUAGAACACACGAAGCCAUAGGAAAGGCAGAUAUUUCUCCUUCAGCUUUCCGUCUUCCAAUCGUAAUGAGUCUACAUCUCACAUCGAACACAGUUAUCGCAGGCUACGAAGACGGAUGGCUAAAAAAAUGGACUCUCUCCGGAAGCCUGCUAUGGCAAAAAAGAUGUCACAGCGAACCACUAACCUGCCUCGACAUAUCCCAACAUCUUUCUUUCGGUAUGAGCGUAGCAGCAGACGACCGUCUUGUACGAUUCUCACUGCAUUCUCAACAUGACAUCUAUUCACCAGAUAUGACAAGAACAAAUACUCCAGGUCAUGCAAGUAUAGCCAUUGCUCCAAACGGUACAUCUUGUGCCCUUGCGGCUUGGAAUGGCUCAAUAAGAGUGUACAGUGUGGAAAACACGCAAAUCGAGCAGUUGUCAAGCUUGCACUACCACACGGAUACUGUUGAGUGUCUGGCCUUUGCUUAUGUUAAAAUCAGAGAGGACGAUGAUGAUGAAGACCAACAGCAAGACCAAGAGGAUGAGGAUGAGGAUGAGGAUGAGGAUGAGGAUGAGGAUGAGGAGGAUGAGGAGAAAGAUGAGCGGGAGAGUGGACAGGUAACAGCAAAAAACACAGAGCUUAUCCUAGCAGCUGGCGGAAGAGACGGCAAAAUCAGUCUGUGGAAAUAUCAAUGA